GAGGGAAUCAUGGAGAGUUGGUGUGAGCAGUGUGAGAAUUUUAUGGCUGAGAGUGAAUCUGUCUAUGAUUCAGCCAACGAUAAUUCAGGCCCUGAAAGCGAAUUCGAUUUUUGGAGGAGUAGAAUGACAAAGUUCAACAGCAUCGCGGAGCAGCUCAAGUCGAGAGAAUGCAAGUGUGUACUUGGAGUUGUCGGUCAGAGCAGGCACAACAAGACAUGGAAAAAAUGGAAAGUAAUCGACAAAAUGAUCACAGAUGCUCUAAAUGAGGCCAGAGACAACGUGAAAUACCUCUCUACACUAGAGAAAGUGUCACAGCCUCUGUAUUCAGGCGAACCUGUCGAAAUUAUCGAGGCUUUGCCUGCAAUUUUCAAUAGUGUAAAAGUCAUUUUUACAAUCGCUCGAUACUACGGGACGAGGGAUAGAAUCAGCAUUCUUUUAUCGAAAAUUAGCAAUCAAUUAAUUCUGAAUUGCAGAGAACACAUUCGUAGACCUCCAAAUUCGUUUGGGAAUGUGAGGCUUUGGGAUCAAGAAAGCACAAAUCUGAUUGCACGAUUGGCUCUUACGAUCAAGCUGCAAGAAGAAUAUGUAAAUGCAUACCAAAGCAUGAAAGAAAAGUUGAUGUCUCAACCAAAAGGGAAACAGUUCGAGCUGAAUGAAUCUCAGAUAUUUGGUAAGCUGGAUUCAUUCGUAAAACGGGUUCAGAAAGUGUUAGAUAUGUUUGUUACAUUCAAUCAAUUCAAAUCCCUAGCCUCUCACAACAUCGAAGGGAUGGAAUUUCUCGUCAAAACAUUUUUUGAUAUAAUGUCUGAAUUUAAACGUAAACCCUAUGAUCUUCUUGACUACAGCAAAACAGCAUUUGAUCGUGAUUACCUGGAGUACACCUCACAAAUAAAUGAAUUAGAGGAACAAGUGCAGACCUUUAUUAAUGCAAGCUUCGAGAACAUAAACAGUACUGAACAAGCGUUGUCCUUGCUGAAAGAAUUUGAGGAUAUUCUAGUCAGGGAUUCUUUCAAAUCUGUGUUGGAUAGCAAGUAUACAGUAAUAUUCUACAACUACAUUUUGGAUCUGGAAAGGAUUCAGAAAAUCUAUGAAAAGCAAAAAGUUUCACCACCAACUGUAUGGAAUUUGCCUCCGGUGUCUGCAAACAUCAUAUGGGCAAAACAGUUGUUGGCAAAAAUUGAGGAGCCCAUGAAAAAAUUCAGGGACCAUGAAAUCUUGAUGAGAGAGUCAAAGGAGGCCAAACGGAUCAUAAAGCAAUACAACAAGGUCGCCAGAGUCCUAGUGGAGUAUGAAACACUGUGGCAAGAUGCCUGGAUCCGUUCGAUUGAAGCUGCUAAAUCCGGAUUACAGGCUACAUUAAUUAUUCGACAUCCAAUCACUGGUCGUUACUUCGUCAACUUUGAUAGGGAGAUCAUUCAGCUCAUACGGGAGACCAAGGUCCUGCAAAGAUGUGGAAUUGAUAUUCCAGAUACUGCAAAGACAGUAAUGGUGCAAGAAGAGAAAUUCAAAUCUUAUUAUCAUCAACUAUCCUUUGUUUUGUACGAAUAUGAGAGGGUUACCAAGAUGGUGGUCCCGAUUGUGCGUCCAUUGCUGAAGGUACACAUCGCAGAUUUAGAAUCAACAUUACAACCUGGCAUGGUGCUGCUCACCUGGCAUUCGAUGAAUAUUGAAAGCUUUCUUGAAAGAAUACAUGUUUCCCUGAAUAGAUUUGAAGACCUUGUCAGAGGUAUAAAUGAUAUUGUGGAAAACAGAAUCGAAAGGAAUCUUAAAAUCAUCAGCAGAUCACUCCUGGUAGAUCUGCCUACAAAUGAAUCUUUUACACUCGAGCAAUUCAUCAUGUUGCAAGAAAAAACAAUCAAAUUAAGAACGAUAAUGAUACAAUCCAAAAACAAUGAAAUAGAGCAAUCCCUCCGCGACCUUAUCAACAUAGUUCUUGCAUUUCCAUUGCAGACCGAUGAAAGAAUAGAAGAGAACGUAGUUGAUUCAUUAUGGAACCAUUAUGCGAAUCUUGUUUACGUAUCGGUUCUGCGAUGUACAAAACAGUCCUUUUUCGCUUUGAAACGUCGGCUUGCUUCUAAAUCUCAUGGUGGUUUUCUGUACAUGGAGCGCCCUUUCUUUGAUGUUGACAUUGAGUUAGCCAAUUCAACCGUGACAAUGAAUCCUAGUCUGGAUGAAAUCCAAAAUGCAGUGAACAGAUGUGCAUUAAACAUAUUGAGGACUUCGAAGUUGAUUUUUCAAUGGUCUGCAUCGAUUGAAAUGAAUGACAUUCACCGUGAGUCAUUCCAUCCUCUAAUAGCAAAAGACUAUCAAAUAGUUUCUGUAUGCUUGAUUUUGACAGGAGCAAUCGAAGGCAUAAAAAAACAGGUUCACGACUAUUUGCAGACUUUCAUGAGAUAUGAUUUCUUUUGGAAAACGGAUAAGCAUGUCGUCUAUGGUGAGUUUGAGAACAGUAUUCCCGGUACGGAAGAGUUUGAAAGAGAAAUUCAGAAAUAUCAGGAGAUCGGUAAGAAAGUGAAUGAAAUUCCUCCAGUGCACAAUAUCGGUUGUCUUUCAUUAGAAACCGGACCCCUUAAAAAAUCCUUGAAGUAUGAAAUUUCUCAAUGGGAAGAAAUGUACAGUAUGAACCUUCAUAAAAGGGCGCUAAAUGAACUCAACAAGAUUCAAGAAGAAUUUAGGAUGAUAGAUGAAGGCGUGGAUAUGGAAAUCAAAAAUUUGGAAUCUGUGCAACAGAUCUUUCAGAUUCUGAAGAUGGCUCGAAAUAUGGAAGGAAAUGUUGAGAGCAGGAUCUUUCCUAUCCAAUUGAAGUACACAACGCUUUUGAAUUAUUCCGUCAAGCUUGAUGAACAAGAAGUUCAAAGGCAGCAGAAUUUAAUCUUUCAGUGGCAAGCGAUUAAGAAGAAAAUACAAGCUGUAUCCGACAAUCUCUUCGAAAGGCAAUUAGUGUUUCAAAACCGUCUCAUUGAAGAUAUCAAAUUCUUUGCCGAAGAGAUCCGAAUUUUCCGAGCUGACUUUGUCGAACACGGUCCGAUGGAAUCUGGCAUAAGUACGCAUGAAGCCUCCAACAGAGUUGAAAAGUACAAGCAAAUCUGUGGAGAAAAAGAAAGUGAGUUCAACUUGAUUGCUGACGGAGAGCAUCUCUUUGGGUUGCCAGUCACUAGAUACGCAGACCUCAUAGUAACCAAAAAAGAGCUCGAACUCCUUGAAAAUCUCUAUAUCUUGCAUGACAAUGUGAUACAGUCCUUAAAAUCCUAUAAGAGGAUGAAAUGGAAGGAAUUGAUAGAUCGGCUUCCUGAGAUUAUUCAAGAAAUUGAUAUACUGCAGAACAAAUGUAAACAGAUUCCUCGCAAGCUGGCUAAUUGGGAAGCAUAUCGUGAAACACAAAAAUCGCUUCAAGAGAUCCAAGAGUUCAUUCCUGUCGUGGAAGCGCUUAAUAAUCACGCUUUGCGAGAAAGACAUAUUGUUGUGAUCAACGGCCUCUCCGGACUUGACAUCAAGUCAUCGCUGUCAGCACUUACGCUGGAUGGAAUUAUGCAGAGCGAGCUGGUGAAGAACAAGAAGUUGCUUGACGAGAUUGGGGAAAGAGCCAUUCAUGAGCUAUCCAUCGAGAGGAAGCUAAUCGAAAUCGAAAUUGAAUGGUCUGAUCUCAAGCUAGAAUUUUCGAGUUUCAAGUCACGUGGACCAGUUUUAAUCAAGAUCGAAACUUCAAAUAUGAUAUUACAAAAAGUUGGAGAGUCAACAACUCAAUUAGAUCAGAUUCAAACCAGCAAAUAUCAGGAUUUCUUCGCGGAAUCAAUUGUUGGUUGGAUCGACAAGCUGAACAAUGUUGAGCUGGUUCUGGAAAAAUUGAUUCAAAUUCAGGGCAUUUGGCACAGAUUAGAAACAAUUUUCUCUUCUUUGGAUGCAAAGAAGCAUUUGCCACAAGAAGCCAAACGGUUUGACAAAAUCGACAAAGCAUACAUGAAGCUGACUUCUAAUGCAUUUGAGACUCCAUAUAUCCUAAAAUUCUGUACGAUGGCAACAAAUUUAUACUCGUCAUUAGAAUCUCUCGGAAGGGACCUUGAGAUCUGCCAAGCAUCAAUUUCGAAUUUCUUGGAUAUCAAACGGCUUGAUUUUCCGAGGUUUUGUUUCGUCCCAGAGGAUUGUUUGGUAGAUAUUCUCUGUAUGUCCAUCUCACAAACUGUCGCGAUGAGUCAGCUAUCCAUUCUAUUCAACAGCCUAAGGUUUGUGGUGCUGAGCGAAUCCUCUCCUCACAUCGCCACUGGCAUGACUUCGAGUGCUUUCGAAUCAGUGACAUUCACUCAACCGAUAGACAUUUCCAACGAUGUGACCAAAUUUCUUGCUCAAGUUGAGUCGGGAAUGCAGACAAGUCUAAACAGUCUUAUUUUGCAAUCACUAAGUGCUGUUGAGGACCUUGACCAAUUGCUUGAAAACUUUCCAUCACAACUCUGCCUGCUUGCAAUGAAUUUAAAUGUCACACAGAAAGUAGAAGAAUACAUAGUUCGAAUUUUUGCACCAGAGUCCAUUAGUCAGGGCAACGUGAGAAAGUUUCUUGAUCGAAACCAAGAACAGCUUGUUUCGAAGGUGAAAUCAGGGAAGCUAAAUCCCGUGCAAAGAGACAAGGUCCAGCUGCUGUUGAUGUCUAUCAUCCUUCAGACAGAAAUGAUUCAGACUCAAAUCUUUGGCCACGUGGAAUCUACCAGUGAUUAUGAUUGGAUGAAGCAGGCUAAAAUUACGUACUCGAAAAGCACCGAUGAAGCAGUGAUUGAAAUGCUUCAUUUCAAGAUGUCUUACAGCAAUGAAUUGAUCAGCUGUAAAGACAGAAUCAUCGUCACUCCCCCCACAGAAAGAUGUUUCCUGUUGAUGGCGUUGUCGAUCGCUGCUUUCAACGGCAGUCUUGUUUGUGGUCUUUCCGGUUCUGGAAAGUCAGAGGUAGUUGCCGAAUUUGCACGUCUCAUUGGAGUUUUUGCUGUCUUUUAUCAUUGCCCAAGAUGGUUGGAUGAAAAUAGACUUGAAACAAUCUUCAAAGGCGUAGCCACGAUGGGCUGUUGGUUUUGUUACGAAAAUUUUCAUUCAAUGACAGUCUUAGCAUCAAUGAUUUCCUCAAAGAUGAUCUGCAACAUCUUGGACACGCUCAAACAAAGAAGAAAUACUUUGACGUUGAUGGAUGGCCAGACUUGUAGAUUGAUGAAGAAUACGGCAAUAUUUUUGACACACACCAUGCCCUGUGAAUUGCAGACUUGCUCGUUCGAAAAAUCUCUCUCACGGCGAUUCUUUCGAACCGUCAGUGUUCAAGCACCUGAUUUUCGCGCAAUUAUUCGAAUCAAGCUUCAAUCCGUAGGGCUC